GGACUCAACCUGACAGGGCCUAAGUACUGUACAGGACUAUAUCCCGUACUGGGACAUCACACAGAUCAGUCAUACUUUAUCCAUGACUAUAAUAAAAUCAUUAUUUUAUUAUAGUCAUGGAUCCAGUUUUCGUGGUGGAUAUCCUUUAUUAAUAGGAUGUGCUGAAGCAUGCCGCCUGGCGUAGUACUGCGCUUUUGUUUCUGUGAGCAGAGAGAGCGGGAGCCACUCAGAUCCUGGCAGCGUCUCCAUGUUAUUGUGAGGCCGCAAAGUCUUCAGUAGAGAUGAGGUAGAGAGCGGCGCAGGAAAUUCUUAGGGGCUGGGCAGGGUCUUGGCUGCAAGUUUGUGACUGGAAAAUGUGAGACGGAGACCGUGCAGGCAUCUGAGCUGAGGCCUGGCUGACUGGGUACAGUGAAGUCCGUGGAGCCCUUCUCUCCAUGCUAUGGUGGUGGUGAGGGACUUGUUUGUGCCCCAAUAUUGAAAGAUGCCUCAGGAACAGUAUGCUCACAGGAGUACGCUCUCCAGCGCCGAAGGACCCCACAUCUACAAGGUGGGCAUAUACGGCUGGAGGAAGCGGUGCCUGUAUUUCUUCGUCCUGCUUCUCAUGAUACUCAUCCUGGUGAACCUCGCCAUGACCAUCUGGAUCCUCAAAGUCAUGAACUUUACUAUCGAUGGAAUGGGUAACCUGAGAAUCACAGAAAAGGGUUUACGGCUUGAGGGAGAUUCUGAAUUCUUGAAACCUCUGUAUGCCAAAGAAAUCCGCUCCAGACCGGGGAGCCCGUUGUACCUUCAAUCAGAUCGAAAUAUAACUCUUAAUAUUCUCAACGAGGAUAUGAAACCCGUCACUCAGCUUGUCACAGCAUCGGACAGUAUUCGGGCUCGAGGGAAUAAUCUUGAAGUGAUGUCGAAUGAAGGAAAGUUGCUGUUUUCGGCAAACAACAAAGAAGUGGUUGUUGGAGCGGAUAGAUUGCGCGUUUUAGGUGCAGAAGGAGCGGUAUUUCCAGCAUCCCUAGAAACGCCCUACGUUAAGGCCGAACCAUUCCACCAUCUACGGCUGGAAUCACCAACACGGACCUUGACCAUGGAGGCACCAAAAGGAAUUGAGAUAAAUGCAGAAGCUGGUGGGUUGGAAGCGUCUUGUAGAACAGACUUGCGGCUAGAAUCUACAGAUGGAGAGAUCCAGUUAAAAGCGGCUAAUGUAAAGCUUCCACAGCUGCCGCGGGGAUCGUAUUCUGCGUCUGCACCCCGUCAAAAUGUAUUUGAGAUCUGCGUGUGCGCCAGUGGGAAAUUAUUCCUGUCACAAGCAGGCAGCGAAUCCACCUGCCAGACAAAUAACAAUAUUUGUCUAUAAGAGACUGGAAAGCCAAACUCCAAAGACCAGGAGUACGACUGUAACCAGACACAGGAAGCCUCAGAAAAAAACGAUGUGUGUGUGCGUGUGAAUAUAUACAAAUAUAUAUAGAUAUAUAUCUGUAAAUCUAUUAAUCUCCCAUGGAAGAGAUGUUUCAGUGCCAGAAGCUCAGGGUGACCCCCAGUCGUCUUCCCUCUUGCCUAUAUUUCUUUGUCCUCCCAAGUCUUUUCCUUUUUUUUUUUUUUUUAGAGGUGGCCGUUUAUUAGAAAAUCCAAAGAAAUCCUUCCUUGUCCGCCAUAUACAUGUUCCUUGUACAUGUGGCGUCCUCUCAAUCUACUAUCAAUUUUAAGCAUUUUUUUUGCCAGAUUAGAAGUGACCAAUUUCUAAAAGAAUUUCUAUAAUUUGAAUUCAUCUUGUUUUCGAAGCUUUUCAUCUCAGCUUGUUAAAUUCAGGCUCAGUUUAGUAACAAAUAAAUGUCUGUCGUGUAGGUCCUACAUGGCCUUUAUGCAAAAACUGGGCAUGUAGGGAUAAGGAGGUAUGCCUGCAGGUCUAAAAGUUGGCAUUCUCUGUGUAUAGACAAAUGUAGGCAGCUGUCACACCCAUCAUUGGUAUUGGGUGGGUUUACACCUGUGUUGGAGGCCCCAUUGUUCUGCUUUGUUAUUGGAGCAGGACAAUGAAAAAGGAUAGGGGAUAAGAUGUCUGAUCGCAGGGGGUCCCGCCGCUGGGGACCCCCGCGAUCUCGGCUGCGGCACCCCAGACAUCCGGUGGACCGAGCGAACUUCGCUCCCUGCCGGACGAAUGGUGAUGCUUGGCAGAGGCUCGUGACGUCACGGCCAUGCCCCACUUGUGACGUAACGGCAACGCUCCUUCAAUGCAAGGUCGUCAUGCCCCCUCCCAUAGACUUGCAUUGAGUGGCGUGGCCGUGACGUCACGAGCGUGGCGUGGCCGUGACGUCACGAGCGUGGCGUGGCCGUGACAUCACGAGCAAAGCCUGGCCGUGACGUCACUAGCCUUUGGCGCUGCACCCGAUGCUCUAAAUGAAUGCCGAGUGCAGCAGGGAGAUUGCGGUGGUCCCCAGUGGCAGGAUCCCGCAAUCAGACAUCUUAUCCACUAUACUUUGGAUUUUCCCGAAUGCAGUCCAUUACAUUAAUAACAAUUUGAAUACAAUAUCUACCCAAUGAGGUGAAAUACCAAAAACGACCAUCCUGUCAUAUUGUUCAAACACUUGUUGCCAAGGAGUUACAUUAUUGCAUGUAGAAUAUGUGAAAAAUAACCUACGGAGAUGAAAUUAUCACCUCUACCGCACUGCUAGACAAGCCAAUUGUGUAACAAACCCAACGCAUUUCGGGUUUGUCAAACUCCAUAUACAGGACAUGUUUAACAAAGCCAGAAAAUAUAUAUAUCGUUUUCAUUAUAUGGCAUUGAUUGCCAUUGACUUUGGUUAUCUUUUUGUAUCUGCUGAUCACCAUUUGGAGUUUUUCUGUCUUUUGUGGUGCAUUUUUUUUUGUCGCACCUCCGCAACUCCCAGAAUUAAACUCUUCCAUUCGUCCAUAAGGUCACCUGGAGCCACGUAUUAAGGAGGGCACUGGACUGAACCAUCUCUGAUCAAAGAGGGGGAAAUGUGCCUAUGCCUUAAGACAAUGCACUCUGCAAGGAAAAGCACAGAGGGGGAAUUUUUGAUUUAAUUGUUUGCUGUCUUUAUUUUGUUUUAUGUUUUUUUGUUUGUUUUUUGUGGGGGGUGUAUAUGAUGUAUGGCGAAUGAUUGAUGAGUAACGAUGAGUGGAAAGAUUUCUUACGACAAGAAACUAUUUUGUAUGAUCAAUAACAUUACAGGUUACUAGAUGAAUAUGCUGCUACAGUCUCAUUACCUGGCUAUAGGGCACUUACAAGAUGACUCCAAUCUUAUGACCUUGGGAUGAGGUUGAAGUCAUCUGUCCUCUCCUUCAUUACAUUGUUGAUUCCCAACUUGCCUUGUUUGUCCAUCCGUCACUGUCACUCCAUAUUAUUUCCUUACUAAACAGGGGUAAUUAUGGAAAAUGUAGACUACUUUGUAUAAACCCAACAAGAAGGUUACGUCUUGCAAGUAACUCCAGAAUUUUCUCCCACCCAUGGUUGUAAAUAUUUUCAUAAUGUGAAAGAAUUUGAUAAAAAUUUAAGAUUCUAUAUUUUUUUUUAGAAAUGUGGAGUAAGACUUUUAGUUGAGUUUCUUGGACUACAGUCAUAAAACCAAGGAGCCUUUGAGAACAUUGGAUUUUUAUCAUGCCAUAUGAAAUAUCCCAAAACAUAUAAGUUUAGCCAAUGUAUAGAAACAACUUGAUGUUUAAAGUCACAUAUUUUAGAUGUUUUUUAACAUCUGUAAGAUGCUUGACCAUAUCAUUAGCGUUGUGUAUUGCAACUCAAGAACGUGCAAGGAAAAGGGUUGUACUCAUUGUAGAUAACACCAUUAAUUGUAGGGGUUCUAGAUAUUUUUUGAGUGUAGGCUCCCUGACCUCUAUAACAUUUUUCAUACGGGCAAAUAAUUGUUAAUACAUUUUUCAACACAUUCACCUUUGUAUCGUCAUCACUGCGCGUCCAGUGUGACAUCUCAAGACUGUGAUGUGAAUGGUUGGUUGAAGGGGUGAUGUUACGAUGGAUGACACAGCUUCAGCCAUAUGAUGUGACACAGUGCUGGUAGAUAAGUCAAUGGUGACAACAAGUGUAGGAACCGAUGACAAGAUAAAUUAAUUUGGUGAAUUUAAAAAGAAAAUGUAAAAAAAUUUUAGGGGGUCCUAGAAUCCAUUAAAAUGCAUCAACCUGAGCCUUGGACUUGAAGAGACAUUAAUGUGUAUAACAGGUUGGUUUGGUUGGUCAAACUCUUAAAGGUGUAUAGAUAUGCUUUGCUAAGAGUACCAAGGUGCAUCGAUGGGUAGGAGUAUACACGCUCAAGACAUGUCUACAGCUAUUUUAUUAAAAAAAUAUUGCCAAGUAGGAAUACAUGUGGUUUAGAGGACCAUGGUGGAUUAUUACACAUGGCAUCAUACUCCUUGUGUUGGGUAAAACUUAAACCAAAGUCUGGACACCACUGAAAUCUAGAGCAUCAGCAUAUAUAGUUUAUAGCCAAACUGGUCCCUGACCGGUUCAAAAAGACUUACUGUUCUCCAAGUCUAAAAACUUACAAAAAAAUAUUAAAAAAAAUACAUAAGAUGUCAUGUAGAGAUGAUCAAGAUAAGGGCUCUAUUAAUGUCAUUUCUAAUACCACCAAUUAAAAUCUUAAUUCAUGACUAUGAUUGUUACUUAAAUUAUUUUUUUAAAUGCAGUAAUAUUGGCAUUUUUCUGGUUUCCUGUCGUUGCCAUUUUUUUUUUCAAAUGUCACAAGAGGGAGUGCAGCCAUAUUGAUUGUCACCUCAGAAUUAUCUCUACAGAAACUGAUGAUAAACUAUCAGUGUGUUGUGGCAGUAACACAAAUAAAGAGUUUAUCAGCAGCCAGAGGAGAUACUGUGAAGACUAUCAGAAAUUUUAUUAGUCGGGAUAUGGGGAUAUGGGAUUUGCGACUCCACCAAUCACUAAAAUUAAGGGUCAUGAACUCUGUGCCCUUUCACUCUACAUAGAUUUCCUGAGAGAAAUAAGCAAAUGAAUGGUCUAUGGAUUCAUAGAAAGUUUAUAGUGUCCAUACACUGCUCGCUCGGCUCUCCAAGAAAAGCCAUGCAGAGCUGGUCGGAAAAAAAGGGGCACAGAAUUCCACCUAUUCCUUUUAGCGAUUGGUGGGGUCUCGGCAUUUCUUAAAAUAGUAGGUGCUCUUUAAAGGACAUCUAAAGUGCAAAAUAACUUAUCCCCUAUCUGAAGGAUAGGGGAUAAGUUAUAGAUCGCAGGGGGUCCGAGCGGUGGGGCCCCCCGC